GCUGGUGUGGCCGCGGCCGCCGCUGCGUGCGGGCCAUGGAGCACCGCAUCGUGGGGCCCGGGCCAUACCGGGCCACCAAGCUGUGGAAUGAAACAGUCGAGCUUUUUCGCACCAAGAUGCCGUUACGGAAACAUCGCUGUCGUUUCAAAAGUUAUGAACGUUGCUUCACGGCGGCCGAAGCUGUGGAUUGGCUACACGAGCUGUUGAGACGCAGCCAAAACUUUGGUCCCGAAGUGACCCGCAAACAGACGGUCCAGCUGCUGAAAAAAUUCCUGAAGAAUCACGUUAUUGAAGACAUCAAGGGAAAAUGGGGCCAGGAAGACUUUGAAGACAACCGUCACUUGUACAGAUUUCCUCCUUCCUCGCCCCUGAGACCAUAUCCAAAGAGGCCCCCAUAUCAAAAGGAUGUUAUUAAAUUUCCAGAAUGGAAUGAUCCCCCACCAGGCACUUCACAAGAGAAUAUCCCAGUGAGGCCAGUUGUGAUGAAUUCUGAGAUGUGGUACAAGCGUCACAGCAUUGCUAUUGGAGAGGUGCCGGCUUGCCGUCUCGUCCACCGCAGACAGCUGACAGAGGCCAAUGUAGAAGAGAUAUGGAAGACUAUGACAUUAUCAUAUUUACAGAAAAUGCUUGGCCUGGAUUCCUUAGAAGAAGUUUUAGACGUUAAACUUGUCAACUCCAAGUUCAUCAUCCAUAAUGUAUAUAGUGUGAGCAAGCAGGGAGUUGUUAUCCUUGAUGACAAGUCAAAAGAACUUCCUCACUGGGUACUGUCAGCUAUGAAGUGUUUGGCAAAUUGGCCUAAUUGUUCGGAUUUGAAGCAGCCUAUGUAUUUAGGAUUUGAAAAAGAUGUCUUUAAAACUAUAGCUGAUUACUAUGGUCACUUGAAAGAGCCUUUGCUUACGUUUCACCUUUUUGACGCCUUUGUCAGUGUAUUAGGUUUGUUACAGAAAGAGGAAAUGGCCAUUGAAGCAUUUCAAAUUUGCUGCCUCCUCUUGCCUCCUGAAAAUAGAAGAAAGUUACAGCUGUUGAUGAGGAUGAUGGCAAGGAUCUGCUUAAAUAAGGAGAUGCCACCACUGUGUGAUGGCUUUGGCACCCGAACACUGAUGGUUCAGACAUUUUCCCAUUGCAUCUUGUGUUCCAAAGAUGAAGUGGACUUGGAUGAUUUAUUAGCUGCUAGGUUGGUGACGUUUCUGAUGGACAAUUACCAAGAGAUUCUGAAAGUCCCUUUGGCCUUGCAGACCUCCAUAGAGGAGCGUGUGGCCCAUCUACGAAGAGUCCAGAUAAAAUAUCCAGGAGCUGAUAUGGAUAUCACUUUGUCUGCUCCAUCAUUUUGCCGUCAAAUUAGCCCAGAGGAAUUUGAAUACCAAAGAGCAUACGGCUCUCAAGAACCUCUGGCAGCGUUGUUGGAGGAAGUCAUCACAGAUGCCAAACUCUCCAGUAAAGAAAAGAAGAAAAAAUUGAAGCAGUUUCAGAAAUCCUAUCCUGAAGUCUACCAAGAACGAUUUCCUACACCAGAAAGUGAAGCACUUCUGUUUCCUGAAAAACCUAAAGCAAAACCACAGCUGCUGAUGUGGGCACUAAAAAACCCCUUCCAACCAUUUCAAAGAACUAGAAGUUUUCGGAUGUAA